UCGUUUAUCAUUAUAAAUAAACAGUGUGUAGUGUUAUAAUAUAUUUGUAUUUACUAUUUUGGUUUGAUCAUUGAUCGGGAUUCGGGAAUCUGUCAUCAGGACUAGUGACUAGCCACUAAGACUAAAAUCAGUAGGAGGUCAGGAGGUGUACUAGGGAGUCGGCAAUUCCUGUAGUCUGAUCACUGUUUAUUGAAUGUCAGAGUUAAGAAUUCAAUUUUUUAUUACUUAUUUUACUGCCACCUGUAUCCUGUCAACAGCCAUCGUCUAACUACUUGGCUAAUUCGUAUAGAUCAUCUGAUCAUCAGACCCUGGUCAAGGAAACGGCUUUGUUUGUUUUUUGGAAACGUGUUUUCUAUGGUGCCGACGUCGAGUCAAUUCGAUUUGGUCUGAUCAUCGAUAGUGGUUCUCUCCACUUCUCUGGAAAAAAAGUCCAAUAGAUAGAAAUAUGGGUAGCCCACCAAGAUCAUGGGAGCACAGUGAUGACAUUAUGGAAGUAGAUAAUAUAUAUUCAGCUUUUUUUGCAAGAGAUAAUUUAGCUGAAAUAUUAAAUGAAGAUGUACCAGAUGCUAUGGCUGAAGGUCUAAGAAUUGCUUCACAAUUGUUUCCUGAUAAUCCACCUCCACAUUUGUUUAGUUCUGAUCCACCACCACAAAGGUUUGGUUCUCAUCAACACCCACAAAGGUUUGGUCCUCAUCAACAUCCACAAAGGUUUGGUUCUCAUCAACAUCUACAAAGGUUUGGCUCUUAUCAACAUCCACAAAUGUUUGGUUCUAAUUCACCUCCGCAAAUGUUUGGUUCUGAUCCACCUCCACAAAAUGAAGUCGAUGAACCAUUAAACUUAGUAAAUCCCGUACAUUUAAUUCAUCCAGUUGAUCCAGUAGAUGCUGUUCAAUAUGAUGAAACUAGUUCAGAUUCAAUUGAUUCUCGUUCAUCAAGUGUAAUCGUGAGGGCAAAUACUCGAACAACUCCAAGACCUGCAAGAUUUACAGAAUCUGAAGAUGAAGGUUCUUCAGAAGAAUCUCUUAUAGGAUUUCCCAUAGACCCUCCAGCAGGAUCUCCAGCAGGAUUUCCUACAGAAUCUCCAACAGAUGAUCUAUAUUCAGAAUCAUCUUCAGAAACAUCUCCAGAAGGAUCUCCAGUAGCAUCUCAAGUAGUAUCUCCAGCAGCAUCUCCAGCAGCAACUCCAGCAGCAUCUCCAGCAGCAACUCCAGCAGCAUCUCCAGCAGCAUCUCCAGCAGCAUCUCCAGGAACAUCUCCUAAAAGAUCUGCAGAAGAACCUACUUCAGAAGUUAUAGCCACUAAAAUACAAACUAAAAAUGACAAUCCAGAUGAAGCAUUUUCCUGUACAAUAUGUUUAGAUUCUUUGACUAAUACUGGUUUGCAUAAACCAGCAUGUUUGAAAUGUGGUCAUAUUUUCGGAGAGAAUUGUUUAAUAAGAUGGAUUAAAGUUGGAUGCAAUAGUGAUGCAAGAAGAUGUCCAACAUGUAAUACAAAAGCUAGUUUAAAAGAUAUUAGAGUUUUAUAUACUAAAAAUCUAGUUGCAGUUGAUACAUUAGAGUUAACUGCUCUUGAACGUAAACUGGACCAAGAAAGUCGUGCAAAAAAUUUAAUGCGAAUGGAAGCAGAAAGGUGGAGAGUAAGAGCUUCAGUAUUAGAUACUGAAGUGAAAAGAUUAAAAACUUUAAUAGAGUUAAGUGCUAUGAAUAAUGCACCGUCAACUAGUGGUCCAACUUCACCUCCAACAUGUAUAAAAAGAGUUCCUAUAUGUAAAAACCCGGGCUGUAGAGUUAUGGCAUUUAAUAAAGAUGAUUUGGUAUUGGUGAUGUCACAAUAUUCUGAUGCAACAUUAUUCAAUUCACACGUGAUCAGAAAAAUGAAUGGAUCAUUACUGGAACCUUCUAAAGAAUAUAUUUAUGCACACAAAAAACCAAUUCGUGAUAUGGCGUUCCACUCUACUGAGAAUCAUUAUUUGGCCUCUGUUGGUUUGGAUUGUCACGCCAAACUAACAGAUUUACGUAUUAACACAGUGGUUUCUUCUAUAGAUGUUCCUGAACCUUUGUGGUCAUGUUGUUGGGCUGGUGACAAUACUAACGUGUUGGUUGCGGGUGGUCAAAUGGGGUCCGUGUAUUAUAUUGACCGCAGAUAUAUGAAAUUGUUUGAAUCUCGACAGACUCGAAAACCUGGUUGUGUUUCUCUUAAUCCACUCCCACCAUCAACAUCUCGAUCAUUCAUAAAUGGUGGAUUUUUGAAGACUAGAAUGGACCAUUUGUCCGUGCUCGAACAAGAUCCGGCACAAGAAUUUUAUGUAUACAGAGAGACUGAUUUGCCAUUGAAAGGACUCUGGAUUAGUUCUUCUUAUGAUGAUGAAUCUAAUCUAGUCCUAACAUCUGCUAAACCUUGUGGUCCCAACAAGUCUAUUAGACAUAUUGUGUCUAAAUUGGCUGAUUUUAAUGCAGAAGGACCUGUAUUAACUCCAGUGACCACAUUUUAUGGUGGAGAUAAGGUAACACAAUUAUCUCGUUCGUGCUUGGUUCCAUCAGGCUAUGGAUAUAACGAUGACUCACUAGUGUGUUGUUAUGAUGAAGGAUCAAGCACCAUCAAAGUAUUCAAUGUCAACAAGGCCAAAAAUGUUCACAAUUUCAAGGUUACUGACAAUUUUUUGGAUCUAUGUCCCUUACCUGGCAUAAUCAUAAAUGGUAGACGUACAAUAGCUGGUUUGUCAGAAAAUGCUGUUAGUAUUUUCUCUGUUUAAAAAAAAAAAAGAAAAGAAACAUAAAAUAUUCUGGUUUUGCAUUUAUUACUUUAAAAUUAAAAUUUAAGAUUUUUCCUGAUCAAAAUUAUAGUGAGUUAUGUAAAUAAAUUUGAUUGAAUAUUAUGUUUUCCUAUAUUGAUAUAUUUUAAACUUAGUUACUUAAUAAGUCUGAUGUCUGUUGACAUACAAUAUUAUGUAUUGUUUAUAUAAAUAUUUUAAUGUUAUGAUUUAUUUGCCAUUUAAUUUUAAUUUUAUCAUAUACUUAAAUUUUCAAGUCUAAAAUAUUACAUGUAUAUUUUUUUUGAAUUUAUGAUUGAAAAAAAAAUUAAAUUAAAAUGUUACACAUGUUUGUGUGUAUCAUCAAAUCACAAUAACAUCACUGGAGUACAGAUAUUUAUUCAGUUAUUUAUGAAUCGUAAUAAAUGGUAUUCAUAAUAUUUUUACAAAGCCAAUUUUAAUUUUAUUUAAAAAAUAGUACAUACAACUAUUUAAAGCUCUACAAGGGCAGUAAAAAUAAUAAAAAAGUUCUAAAACUGCAAAAUAAAAUUGUAUACAUUAAUUCUAUUGUUACAUAAAUCAUGUUGAUAGUUUAGUUUUUAAAUAUAUGUGUAUAAUGUACUUAUAUCAUUUUUAUGAUUUCAAAAUAAACUAGCAUUAUAUAA